AUGGAGCCCCCUCAGCCGGAGCCGCCGUGCUACCAGAACGGGGACGCGGGUCCCUUGGCCCUCUUCAAGAGCCUGGGCGAGCUGCAAAGCGGCGGCCCUGAGGCGCGGAAGCAAGCCGUGAAGCAUCCCCGGGCGCCGCUGGGCGGCAGGUGCAGCCGGGCGCGGGAGGCCGAGGAGGAGGAGGAGGAGGAGGAGGAGCGGGACUCCUUGCCGGCGCUCGAAGCCGCCUACGGCACCAUCUUACAGAGCCUGGGCGAAGACCCGGCCAGGGAAGGGCUCCAGCUUACCCCCCGACGGGCGGCCAAAGCCAUACAGUUUCUCACCAAGGGCUACCGCGAAACCGUCGCAGAGAUACUCAAUGAUGCGGUCUUUGACGAGGACCACGAUGAGAUGGUGAUUGUGAAGGACAUUGAGAUGUUUUCCCUUUGUGAACAUCACAUGGUCCCUUUCUUUGGCAAGGUCCACAUUGGAUACUUGCCCAAGAAGAAAGUGGUUGGCUUAAGCAAACUUGCAAGAAUUGUUGAAAUAUUUAGCCGAAGACUUCAAGUCCAGGAGCGGCUUACGAAACAGAUUGCCCUGGCUGUUACUGAAGCUCUGAAACCAGCUGGAGUGGCUGUGGUCAUAGAGGCAUCGCACAUGUGCAUGAUCAUGAGGGGUGUGCAGAAGAUGAACAGCAAAACUGUCACCAGCGCCAUGCUUGGAGUCUUGCGAGAAGACCCAAAAACCAGAGAGGAAUUCCUUGCUUUGAUCAAGAAUUAAAUGGCAACAUCUUGCAAAGCUUUGUGACUCUUGAUCCCAAACUAAAACUGAUUGCCAAAACAUAGUUGCCUUAUGUGAGCCAGGUUUUGUUUCUCCCAGAAUGUGUAAUGGCAAAAAAGUAAGUUAAAAAAAAGAACUGUC